GCGCGGCGCGGCGGGGACGGACGCAGGCAGGGGGGCGAGGACACGCGGUCGCCUUGCGGGGACUCCAGGGCCGAGCUGCUGCAGUCGCUGUCGCCGCCGCCGCCGCUUCCGCCGCCGUCGCUUCGGGCCGCCGAGGACCCGGCUUGUGGAUCUGCACGGCCGGCGGCGUCCGCCCCGCUCCAGGUUUACUUACCAUCAUGAAGCUGCUACACCCUCGCUGCUUCCUGCUGACCCUACUCAGCUUAUGGACAGCCGCUCCGGGAACUCAAGCUGUGUCCACGGGGACACCAGCCAUCAGUGCAGCCUCCUUCCUGCAGGACCUCAUGCAUCGCUAUGGGGAGGGUGACAGCCUCACCCUGCCGCAGCUAAAGGACCUGCUCGACCACCUGUCGGUGGGAGUGGGCCCGGCCAAUGUCACCCAGCCCCUUCAGGGACCGAGGAACCAGUCCACGUGCUUCAAUUCCGGAGCCCUCUUUGCCGCCCACAACCUCAGCAACCAGUCUCGGAUCGGGCCGAGUGAGUUCCAGGACUUCUGCCCCACCAUCCUCCAGCAGUUGGACUCCAGGGCCUGCUCCUCGGAGAACCAGAAGGACGAGGAGAACGAGCAGACGGAGGAGGGGAGGCCGAGCAGCGUGGAAGUGUGGGGCUAUGGUCUCCUCUGCGUGACCAUCAUCUCCCUCUGCUCCCUCCUGGGGGCCGUUGUGGUGCCCGUUAUGAAGAAGACCUUUUACAAGCGGCUGCUGCUCUACUUCAUAGCUCUGGCGAUUGGCACCCUCUACUCCAACGCCCUCUUCCAGCUCAUCCCUGAGGCCUUUGGUUUCGACCCUCUGAAGGAUCAUUACGUCUCCAAGUCUGCAGUGGUGUUUGGGGGUUUCUACCUUUUCUUUUUCACAGAGAAGAUCUUGAAAAUGCUCCUUAAGCAGAAAAAUGAGCAUCAUCAUGGACACAGCCACUAUGCCUCCGAGGCGCUUCCCUCUAAGAAGGACCAGGAGGAGGGGGUGACGGAAAAGCUGCAGAACGGGGACCUGGACCACAUGAUUCCUCAGCACUGCAGCAGCGAGCUGGACGGCAAGGUGCCCGUGGUGGACCAGAAGGUCAUCGUGGGCUCGCUGUCCGUCCAGGACCUGCAAGCUUCCCAGAGUGCCUGCUACUGGCUGAAAGGCAUUCGCUACUCCGAUAUUGGCACCCUGGCCUGGAUGAUCACCCUGAGCGAUGGCCUCCACAAUUUCAUCGACGGCCUGGCCAUCGGGGCCUCCUUCACUGUGUCCGUUUUCCAAGGCAUCAGCACCUCGGUGGCCAUUCUCUGUGAGGAGUUCCCACACGAGCUGGGAGACUUCGUCAUCCUGCUCAACGCUGGCAUGAGCCUCCAGCAGGCGCUCUUCUUCAACUUCCUUUCUGCCUGCUGCUGUUACGUGGGCAUGGCCUUCGGCAUCCUGGCCGGCAGCCACUUCUCUGCCAACUGGAUCUUCGCACUGGCCGGAGGAAUGUUCUUGUAUAUCUCUCUGGCUGAUAUGUUCCCUGAGAUGAAUGAAGUCGCCCUGGAGGAUGAGAAGAAGGGCAGCGUUCUGGUCCCCUUUGUCAUCCAGAACCUGGGUCUCUUGACUGGCUUUGCCAUCAUGCUGCUCCUCACCAUGUAUUCAGGACAGAUCCAGAUCGGCUAGGGCCCUGCAGGAACCCGGAAAACUGACGGUUGGCCCCUUAGCCCUCAGACGCGGCAUCGGGAGAGGCAGUUCUGUUAAAAACUGUGACACGGACUAUAUUUCUCCACGUAAAUGUCAAUUGUUUUUUAAAUGCUCUGUAUUAAUAAUAAGCUGCCUGGUACUAGUCUCCAGGUGGCACCUCUCUCCUUUCUUCUCCCUCCUUCUCAGAGUGACUCUGGAACCUGAAUGCAGCUUAGCCGACAAGCCUCAUUUUUCCCUCUGGUUACCCUGGCCCCUUGCUCUUUGAACCAGUGCUGAGAGAUUUGGGGUCCUUUGCCCCAAUGCAGAAACUUAGUUAUAACCUGGUUAGAAAUAUCAGGAAGUGAAUCUGUGGGUUCGGGGCUAUGAAUCUGUGUAUCCUGGACCUCAAGAUGACCCAUUUUUAAGUAAAUAUAGUCCUAUUUUUUUUUUUAACAGAAAAGGUACAGGAGACAGGAGUUUCUGUUUUUUAAUCAGUUUCAGUUGCCUCUUCUCUCAAAGAGAACAGAAAGUUGGGACAAGAGUAGGGCGGGAGGGAGGCGAGGUCACCUUGGUGUGUGUCCUGUUCAGACAGCUGCUUAUGCCCAGCUGCUGGAAUGCUCUUUUUGUGGCUGCACCUGGUGUACCUGGCCGUCUGGCAGAGCUAACGUGUUGGUUCAGGUACCUGGACCUCCCUCUUUCAGAGUAACUCUAGUAAGAAGGGCGGAGAAGGAAGGCCUGCAACAAAUCCACUGGUUUGCUGUGAUUUCCACCUCCUCUUCCCCUCUCCCAUCGUAACUGCCUCCCUAGAAGCACAUUCUGAGCACAUUCACGAUGCUGGUGUUAGAGGGGAGACUGCACAGUUUUCCUCCCCUGGCCCACAUGUCUUAUGGAAUCAGAGCAGCUUCAGUCAGGGUCCCGGAGAGGAAUCAGUGCAGACACGGUUUAGGAUUUGCUAAUUGCACUAAUAAGAGAGAUGUAAGGUCCACAACUUUGGUUGGGCAUCGCAGAUGAGUGCAGAACUGAGGCCCCACGGAGUAAGCUGUGAAUGGGUUUUAACGGGCACUGUCUACACCCUCCCUCCCUCACCCCACACAAGAAAGGGCAAGUCCUGCAUUGAUAUUAAUUGCUCUCGCUCUCUGCAGAGAAUGGAUUGAUAGACUUGUCGCGAGCCUCGGCACUGUGGAGCCCUCUUCUCAGAACCCUGGCUUCAAGGGGAGCUAAUCUCCAGGUUCACUAGGUGAAUUGAUUUAUUAUUAUCAUAUUGAUAAUGUGAGACUCUUUAGCCACUUUGGGGAGCCCGUCUCUCCAGAAGCCUUUCUUAGUGGUGCCCACAGUUGCAGCCCAGGGGUUGUGUUUGCAAACUGAUUCGUGUGCAUGACUGACAAUUGCUGGUUCAUUGCCAGCACCUGGAGGUUUUUCUCUACUACCCAGAAAAACCUCCCACUCUACAGGAAUUACAAGUAGCCUCUAUUUUGUUUUGUUCUUUUUCUUCUUUGAAAACAUCCCCCAAACCAGGAAUAUUCUUGAAAAGAACAUGAGCAGGAAAACUGCUGGUGAUACUUUAGAAGUUUCUCCUCCUCCUCUAGCCUGUUGACCUGAGAAUGGGCUAAAGAAGAAGGAAAACAGUUACCAAGAUCCUAGAUUAAAUAUCAGGUCUGUCUCCUGAUAGGUUUAUGGUCCAGUUUUACCAAAGAACCAAUUCCUUGAAUGUUGGAAAUCUAACUUUAUGUUAUCAUUGUUAUUGUUACUGAUUCUUUGUCUUUUCUGUUUCAUCUUUCUCAACGUGCUUUCAGGAGUUAGCAGAAAAUAGCAUUCAAACUUUGAGAUUUUGCUUUCCUUAAUUCACAUUGAUGCAUUAAAUGUCUAAUUUUAGCAUUCCCUAUAGAUCAUUCCUUACAAAUACCAUUCUUCUUGGAGUAAAUUAGUUAGGGUUAAUGGGUUCCUAGUUUUAGAAGAGCUCAAAACUAUAGUGUUUAACAAAUUAAAAAAAAAAUUUGAAGUAGUAAGGUGCUUACCCUGUCUGUGCACAUGUGUAUUAAGAACCUUCCUUUCAUAGACAGCUGCCUCAAAAGGAAAUUCUCUUUAAACUGUAACUCUUCUAGAGGCCAGUCCCGGCUGGCACUUAUCGAUAGAAAGGGAGAAAACACUCAAAGCGUGCAACUGAUUGCAUGUUGCGAUUGGCAACAGACCUGCCUCGUGAGUUGAAAAUGUGGCGACUUCUUUUGGACUUCUGUUGAAUUUGCUGUUUUGAAAGCAUUUGUAUAUAUUAGAAGGCUGAGGGCUAGUGAGUUUUGAGGUCAUUUGCAUCCCUGGCAUUCACAUUAUCCCCUUCCCUCCCCGGAUGGACCAGCUCGUAUUAACCAUAGCAAGGAAAGUCUGUCAGUGAACCAGGGGUCCUGUCGCCUCUCACUCUCGCCCUGCCAUGCAGGUUGCCUCCCUUCUUUGCCUCCGAAGGGGCCUUUUGUGUCUAGUGUCAACUUGGAGCUUUCUCCUUCAUUGAUCCAUCACCCUGGAUUUU